AUGACUACACGACUACUUCAUCCCGAUGAAUGGGAGCUUGCCUCACGAUCCUCAAUUGAUUCACAGGGGACGUUCAACCUCGAUGAAGCCGAUUUUGAAGCACAGGUCCCUUAUUCAUCCAAAUUUGGCGAACGUCAACUGCCCUGGCUGUCUCGAAUCUUUUCGACGGCAGCAGCGGGUUAUCGCCGCCUGAACAACACUUCCAGACCGGCACUCGCAGGCACGCCACGACCGAGCUGUUCUCGACGUUUUUGUAUCCGCCGCUGUUGCUACCUCCCCGUCGUCGCCGGCAUCGUUUUUGUUCUAGCGCUUUUCACAUCGAUACUCUUCCCCUCGUAUACCCACCUGCCCGCGCAUUAUUCUACACUCCGGAAAUCAUUACUCGAGAGCUCAUAUCCCGGACGAGGCAAUCCCCGCCAGGAGAAGGUCUUCAUUGCAGCAAGUCUGUAUGAUAGUGGUGGCGAGCUUGCGCAGGGCCAAUGGGGAACACAACUUCUGGAAUUGAUUGAUCUGCUUGGGUCUGACAAUGUGUUUCUGAGUAUCUACGAAAAUGACAGCGGCGAGGAGGGAGAGCGCGCAUUGCGCGCGUUAGAGGAACAAGUGCAGUGCCAGAAAUCCAUUGUGUCUGAAAAGCACCUGGACCCGAAGACUGUACCGACUGUGACCAUUCCCGGUGGAUCAAAGCGAAUCAAGCGCAUCGAAUAUUUGGCCCAGGUUCGGAACCGAGCACUACAGCCAUUGACCGACCACCCGGAUAUGAAAUUCGAUAAGCUACUCUAUCUGAACGAUAUCCUCUUCCAUCCCGCCGAUGUGCCCCAGCUCUUAUUCUCAACAAAUGCCAACGAAGACGGCAUUGCCCGAUACCGUGCAGCCUGCGCCGUAGACUUCGACAACCCCUUCAAAUUCUACGACACAUACGCCACCCGCGAUCUUGAAGGUUACAGCAUGGGUCUCCCCUUCUACCCAUGUGCGAGUGCGCAGCUGCUGGGCGGAAUGGUGGCGUUUGAUGCCAAAUACUUCCAAACCGGCUCGCCGCCUACAACACCCAACCCAGCACGUUUCCGCUCCGGACACGAUCUCUUCUGGGAGGCGUCUGAAUGCUGUCUUAUUCACGCGGACAUCCAAGACCCGCAAACCAACGUCGACGAGAUCACCGAUACGGGCAUCUACAUGAACCCGUUCGUGCGGACGGCAUAUGACCACCGCACCCUCUCUUGGCUCGGAGUCACCCGCCGCUUCGAGGGGCUGUACUCGUUCCUUCACAACCUUGGCAAUCACCUUGUCGGUCUGCCCUGGCACAAUCCCCGUCGUGCGGAAGUCCCCGGUCAAAUUGUACAGGAGACUGUGUGGGUUCCGGAUGCUGCGCAGGAUGGUGGCGGCUCUUUCCAGGUCGUUGAUCGGGUUGCGGGCAAUGAUGGCUAUUGUGGUCGUCGUGGCCUUCAAGUUAUUGUUGAAGACCGUAAGCCUGGACAGAAAGGAUUCGAGAACAUCCCUGUCCCGUCAUAG